AUGUCUGCAAAGAGUACGUUGAUCAAACUGAUUGUCGGCGCAGGACAGGCCGCUCCCACGCCGCCCGUCGGACCUGCUCUUGGAUCGAAGGGUGUGAAGGCCAUCGAUUUCUGCAAAGAGUUCAACGCAAGAACCGCGCAUUUCCAGCCUGGAGUGCCUAUUCCUACCAAAGUGACGGUUAAGCCAGACAGAACGUUCAGCUUCGACAUCAAGACACCAACCACCGCUUGGUUGCUGAUGAAGGCCGCCGGCAUCGAGAAGGGCGAGCCGGGGCUCAGAAAGUCCACCGUCAAGCUCAGUCUCAAACACAUCUACGAAAUAGCCAAAAUUAAGCAGAAGGACGACCAGCUCAAGAACGUGUCGCUGGAAAACAUCUGCAAAAGCGUGGUGGAAACGGCAAAAUCCAUUGGAGUUCACGUUGUCCCAUGA